UAUUGGGCGUAAUGUUUUGACAAUGUGUCAUGUUAGACGGGAAUAUUUGUGAUGUUGAAUUGCUAGCGUCUCGGUAGGUAGCGUAACGUUAGCUACUUCUAGCAAGGUAAUAUUACCGUCCUUACAACGCUUAAUGUUACUGACAAGUCGUGUACGAUGUUUUGGCAAAUGUACCGUGCGUGCCAGUCGUUUACCGAUCUAUGUCGCCAUCUUAUGUAAAUAACACCGACUAGUCUUUUGUGAAGCGACACUAGCUAGGAAAUAGCUAGCAGUACUUUAAUUAGACAUAUCUCUGAAUAAUUUAACGAUGCAAUUGGGAAACAGGCUAGCCCAGCUUGUGAGCCAGCCUGUUGUGGGUGGCAGGCCUCUCCCUUGACCCUAAAUGCUACUUUUCUGUCCUGGAAUAAUAACGUUAUCUGGCUUUACCAUUACAUUGUUAGAUAAUGUUGCAUGCCCUUAAUAAUUAUACAUAGACAAAUCUACAAAUGUUGGGACCACAAGGUGUCCACUCCGCUCCCCUUCCUAAUGUUCAGUGACGUUCGUUCAUGCUAUAUCAUGCACGUUCUAUCUUAAACAUUGUGUGUGUGCUUGGUAACGUUAGGAUUCAUGCUCUUUCAAGUAGGAAUUUUAAAAUGUCACAGUUUUUUGGACAGAUAGAUGUUGGCCACAUCUGUAACGUUAAACUGACGUUAGUUGAAAAUCCAAUAUCAUGGGGAUUUGCUUUGCUUUGAGUGACUGCAGUGGUAGAAUUAACCCAACAGUGUAUGCUGGAUUGUUGUUCACUUUCCUUGAAAUGACAUUUCCCUCGUAAACAACACAUACCGGUAAACAAAAGAAAGAAAAUGUAUUAAAACUGAAAACAUACAUGCUCCACCAAUCGAGCACAUGAAUGGCACUGGUGGUGGAGGCAGGUACUGCCACAUAAAUAAAUAAAUAAUCCAGCAAAUAAAUAAAUAAAUCUAGUGGGGCAAAAUACACGAAGUUCUAGGUUACAGCAGUUGAGGAUCGUUUUAUACAACAAUUUUGUCUGUCUAGUGCAGGUAAUCUCUUGCUGAUGGUACAAUGUGAGACAUGAGCAGGAUGAAGCCCACACGCAACCUGAUGCUGGUGCUCUGUCCCAUGCUGGUCCUGGGAUUCCUAUAUUAUUCUUCUGGGAGGCUGCACCUGCACCUGCGUGUUUGGGGCCAGAAAUCACAGACAGAAAUGGAUAAUGUAUUCGCCGUGGGACGAGUAGUAGCUUCAGCAUUGAGAACUAACAAUCCAAGCCAGACAUGUGUCACGGUGUAUGACAAGCAGGGAUUCCUAGUGAAGCUAGAUGGCAAACUGCCUUUGGACCUUAUGUACAAGUACGGCAAUCUCAGCAAGGGAGCUUGCAAGCAAGGUUUUGCUGCCGCCAAAAUGACUGCCAUUUAUCCAAAGUUUACAAAACCCGCUCCCAUGUUUCUGGAUCCAAAUUUUAAACGCCUGACAAAAAUCAGCAGUUAUUUACCUCCUUUCGGAAUAAAAACCCAAGAAAGGAUCAUAGAUGUUAUUUUAUCAGCAACUCAGAACUACGGGCUGGGCUCGGAGCUGGACAGUUUGAGUUGUACAAAGUGCAUCAUCAUCGGAAAUGGUGGAAUCCUCUCCAACAAGUCGCUGGGCUCUGUGAUAGACGAGUACGAUGUCGUCAUCAGGCUGAAUGAGGCCCCGGUGAGUGGCUACGAAAAAGACGUGGGCUACAAGACCACCAUGCGCAUCACCUAUCCCGAGGGAGCCAUCCAGAAACCGGAGCACUACGAGAAGGACUCCAUCUUCGUCUUCUCUGCCUUCAAGCCCCUGGACUUUAAGUGGCUCCGACACAUGGUCUUCAAGGAGAGGCUGAGGGGUACAGAGGGCUUCUGGAAGUCCGUAGCCCGUUCGGUGCCUCGAGAACCCAGCGAGGUGCGCAUCCUCAACCCCUACUUCAUCCAGGAGGCAGCCUUCCAGUUCAUUGGCCUCCCGCUCAACAACGGCGUGAUGGGACGAGGGAACAUUCCUACCCUGGGGACCGUUGCCAUAACGAUGGCCCUUCAUAAUUGCGAUGAGGUAGCCGUGGCCGGAUUCGGCUACGACAUGAACACCCCCCACGCGCCGCUCCACUACUACGAAAAAGUCAAGAUGUCAGCCAUCAAAGAGUCGUGGACACACAACAUAGCCAAGGAGAAAGAGUUCCUGCAGAAGCUGGUGAAGGCGGGGGUCAUACAGGACUUGACCAAUGGUAUCUGAGACAGAACCCAACCCCACCCCACUCCCAUCCAUCCACCCCACCUACCACCUCUACCUACCCAACCCGACCCAGCCCAGCCUCUUUGCUGACCUGAGGGACAAGAAGCCCCAGAGGGGACAGCGGAGUGCAUUGCCCCCAACCAACUCCACCCACCCUCUCACCGUCCCUCACCCAGGCUCCUCUCAGUACUGUUUGCCUCCCCCCCCAGCCCUGCCGGGACUUGACCUGCCCCGCCCCUCAAUGGCAGAAGGCCUAUCUGUAUUUGGGCGGGUGGCGUUUGGGUGUGGGGGGGUUUGGAGAGCAGCUAGGAACCAAAGGCCCACUGCCGCACAGCCAGUCGAGAGAGACGGUGGAAACAGGCCGGUCUGUGCCAAACAUACCUCCGGAGGAAGCGCUUCUCCUCCCAUGUGCUUGAAUGUAUUCACAACACAAACAUCAAAGAGAUACUGGAGGUUUUUUUUUUUUUGUAUGUAUGUAUUUUUUUUUCUUUUCUUUUUCUGUCUUUUUUAUUGUUACAUUACCCUCUGCCUCAGUUUCGGGCGUAGAGGAAAGGACCGUCACCGUCCGGAAAACUCACACACUCAUGGAGAAAAAAAAUCAUGUGCACACACACAAAUCAUGUACACACACACAAAAAUCAUGUACACAUACAAAAGUCAUCCACAUACAACAAUCAUGUACACACACACACACAACAAUCAUGUACACACACACACACACACACACACACACACACACACACACACACACACACAUCGUACACAAACUCAUACACACACACACACAUCGUACACAAACUCAUACACACACAAAAAAAAACAUGUGUAUACACCCACAAAAUCAUGUACACAUACAAACUCUUACACACUAAAAGAAAUCAUGUAUACACACUCAAAAAUCAUGUGCACACACAAUCUCAUAUAUACACACACGCCUUGUAGGGGGAUGGAGCAGGUGCAGUCGUUCAUGACACACCCUCGCCCUCCUUUAAAAGUGUUUAAAAUGUUAUUUGCAUUGAGAAGCUGCUUUGUCCUCUGCUUUCAUUCAGUUUUACCUUCUCUUUUUUUCUUUUCCAAAGAGCAGUAUUGGGAAUCAUAUUUAAUUUUACUUCUAAGUGCUGAGGGUAUGGGGUUUUGUUGUGUGUGUGAGUGUGUGUGUUUGUGUGUGUGCGUGUGUGCACGUGUGUGUGUGCGUGUGUGUGUGUGUGUGUGUGUGUGUGUGUUAUGUUUAAAUCGUUUGCGUUGUCUGCGCUUCUUGUUACGCACAUGUAUAAUGUUUCAUAUCACUUCUGCUGAGAAAAUUUGCUCUGAUAUUAAAGAGAGCACAUUUGAUUGUGAUUUUCCACUGUACCCUUCGCUCUGUUGAUUGGGUAGAAUUACUGUAUACAAUGGUCAACCUGAUUUGUUUCUUUUUAAAUGUAUAUCGAGCGCGGAGCUUAUUCCCCUCAACUAGCCUGAGAAAUGCAAAAAUAAGUAUACAUGCCACGAAUUCUGAAAUUAUCACUUGGUCUGCUGUCAAGUUUUAAAAUUGAUUUGCAUCGCAAUAUAUUGCAGUAUUUGAGCAAGGGGACAAAGCCUAUUAAAAAAAAAAAACUCA